ACGAUUUUGUCCUACAGUGUUCGUCACGUAUGUAUCGACCUCAAUCGAUUAAAGUACAAUGUAACUAGCCUUGUACAGGUUACUAAAGGCCAUUUAGGGAUGUAGAUCAAAGUUUUACAAGGCCUAGUUCUAAGCAGAUGUUUGCUAGGAAAAGCCACCAAAGUUUACUUGCCACCUACUUUCAAUAAUUCAAAGCAAAACUCUUCCCGGUAGUUUUCUACCCGAAGACUCACCAACGAGGAGAGACCAUGUCUCAAGACACUCGACCGGUACUUAUAGUGUCUCUUGCCGAGAAUCAAGGAGCCAAGACAACGACUCAAGACGCCGUCACGUCUGGACAGCGCCUUACGCUCGCAGGUGUCACGGAGAAGGCGGCAGCACUGGGGGCAAAGGUGACUGACCGGCGGGUCAUCCGGACGGCAGCGCUGGUGCUGGCCAUGUUCUGUAUGGGUUUGUAUUUCCGUAUCGUGGACCCGACGCUGAUUGACCUGAAGGAUCGUCUCGGAGUUGGCUACGAGGAAAUCUCGCGAGUUCUCGCGGGACACACCGUGGGGUACUUCCUGUCAGCCGUCGCGGGGGGUCUGUUCAUGGACCUCCUGCCCCAGUACGCAUGGCUGGUGCUGGGAUCGUCCUUUUUCCUAGCGGGGGUGGGCACUGUUGGUACCCCCUAUGCCACCAGUUUGUGGGGACUUGUUGUAAUGCAGCACAUCGCCGGCUGGGGGCACGGUUUCACAGAUACAGCCGUGACCGUCCUGUGCACGCAGCUGUGGGGAGAGCAGGCUUCCGUCCCUCUACACGCCACACAGGCCGGCUACCCGCUCGGCUCCUUCGCCAUCCAGCUCAUCGUCAUCCCCUUUGUGUCCCCUGACCGCAAACCGUCCAACGGCACGACACCCCUCCCCUUCCCAGUGGAACGUUCCGUACCCCCUCAGCUCACAGUGGACCAGGCAACACCCCCUCCGCUCACAAUGGACCAGGCCAGGCUGACGUCACACAUCCAGUGGCCGUACGCAGGUGUCGCCGCGGCCCAGUUCGCCAUGUUUGUUCUGUUCUUCUACUUCCAGUACAGCGACAUGGCCCACCCCGAACGGAGGAAGGUCAAGGUCAAGAAAACUCCGCAGUCAAUCUCUGUUUCCUUCUCUCCAGGGCGGUUUCUUAAAGGAAGUAGCGGCAAGGCUUCUCUACUGUUGUUCCUUCUGCUGUUGUUUUACAUCCUGGUUCAGGCCCAGAUGAGCGCUUUCACGCAGUACAUGGUGUCGUACCUGGUAGAGACCCGGAUGUACGGCAAGGCCGACGCGAAUGUCGUCUACUCCAGCUUCUGGGUCUGCAUCGCCGUCAUGCGCUGGCUGUCCACCGCAGUCGCCGCCUGGGUGCCUGUUCACGUCAUGCUGUCGGUGGAACUCACGAGCCUGUGUGCCGCCGCCGUGGCGAUGGCAUUCUGGGGCGCCACCAAUAAGACUGUGUUCUGGGUCCUCACGUGCGUGUGCGGCCUUGCGGUGGCGCCCAUCGUGCCCGGCGGGAACGCCUGGGCCAAUCAGAACUUAGAAGCGUCCCCAGUUGUGUUUGCUCUGUGCCUGAUCGGCGCCGCUAUUGGAGGCACCGCGUCGAGCUCUGCAACGGGCUACCUUUUCGAACAUGUAGGCCCCCGCUCGAUUUUGUAUCUAUUUAUGGGUUGUUGCUGUGCACUUCUUCUAGUUUUUAUCAUUAUGCAGGUUUCUGUGUCUUCCAUUUGGGAUAGAAUGUCUUCCAGAAAGGAUAGAAAUGAGGACGUGAUUGAAGUAGAGGCGGGCGUCACGGAAAAGCUUUAUCCACAGCCCAGUGACGUUUGAACCAGAAGUCAGUCAUCGUCAGGGUGUAACGCCUUGUCCUUCCCUGCUCAAUAUUUAGGUCAAAACACACCAUGCUAUGUUUUGGUCUUUUGUGUACUGUGUAUGGGGUGGAUGGCAAUUGCAUCUUACCAUAAACACAGAUAUUUUUGGACACAUCUCUUUUAUCAAUUAUCAGCUUGUUGCUGUUUUUAUCAGCUUGUAGCUGUUUUUAUUACUUUCAGUCUUAUUAUUUUCAAGAAAUAUAUUCAAUUUCCGAAAAAAUUUCUUCGGGCUGGUAGAAUAU